AUGUCCGACGUCAAGUUGUUGCCAAUUUGUGACAUUUUGUUCGUCUUCGCCUCGUUACUCAUCUUUUUCUGUGAUGUUUUAUUCUCUUGCCUUCUGGCCUACUCGCUCGUGCUGCAAGACCACGUCCUUUGGCCGAUUGUAUUUUCCGUAUUUAUCUUCGUGUCGUCGGUGCUGUGUCAAGGGUUCUCGUUCAAAUGGCAUGUCCGAUCCCGGCGCGAACGCUCGCGUCGCAACCCGGUGGUCGACGACGAGCCUAUGUGGAUAACGCAUGUAGUGGUGUUCGUGCACUGUCUCCAGCUUGGAGUCAUAUGGCGGUAUUUGCGCCUAUUCAUUCCGGUGGAGAUCGCCUCAGUCAAGGAGCUGGUCCGCGACCUGUGUAUGCUUCGAGUGAUUCACGCCUUUGCUCAAUCUGUGCCCUUGCUACUGAUGCAGCUGCAUUUGGUUCUUUCAAAAAGCCAAGAGGAGAUUACAGAUCUGGACAAAGUUGCGGCCUCCUUCGCCCUCGUGUCAGUAUGUUGGGCCUUGGCGUCGUUCGGCAAAAAUGUCCGUCGGAAGAACAUGGAUCGCCUCGUCCUCACAUGGCUAGGGAUAGUCUGCCAGUUCUUCUGGCGACUCGGAACCGUUAGUGCUCGAUUCGCGGCGCUCAGUCUGUACACGGUACUCUACGGGGCGUGGAUAUUCCUCCUUCUGCUCCUCCAUUGGCUCACUGUAUUCCUGUGGCUCCUCACGUCGGAUAGCCCCCGCGACAGCGACGCCGACCUCGGUGCCGACAGAAAGAUGAGCAAGUGCGCCCUCGUCGCCUGUCUGUACACAAUAGACUACGUGAAUUUAGAGGAGAACGCAAGCAAACUGAAGUUGAGCGCUUUCUAUUCCGUGAUGCUGUUCGAGAACCUCCUGCUCGUCCUGCUUUGGUGCCUCGUGGACAAGAAAACGAAAAUUGUUUGGUUCGAGUCUCACGCAAUACUCUUAGUCUGGGCAGGAUUCCUCUUGGGAAUCAUGUUCAUGUUCCUGUAUUACAAAUUCUUCCACAUCAACGUCUUGAAACAGCUUUACUCGGACGGAGCGUCCGAGUUGCCUCGCCCCGGCCGUUUGCCACCGUCGAAGUUUCAAAAAACUUCGAACAUGGAGACUACUGGAGUUUUCAAUUGUGUACUCAACAGAGGCAUCAGCCGCAAGAAGAAGAAACCUUCAGCAUUCGUGCCCCCGCCGAACGUCACAUUCCAGCCGGGGGUGAAGAUGUCACAGCCUUUCUGGAAGAGAUUGUCGCUCUCGCGAGAGUCGGAUUCGAGCAUGAUGAAUAGCGAUCACAUCAAGUCGAAACUCGAACAGAAACACCGGAAACAGCUCAUGGAGCUCCAGAAAAUCCAAGAGGAGAUGCAGUCCGGAAGGCUGGACGCACUCGGAGUGUCCACGCCGAUGCCGCCUCACCUCCACGUCGAGCCGCCGAGGGUGAAGAGUGCCCCGUGGAACGGAAACCCCGAGUUCAGCUAUGGCAACAACGCGGCUCUCUUGCAGCGGAUGAUGAAUUUCCCGCUGCAAUACGGUGCUUUCGGACCGAAAAUCGCGGAGUCGAUGGACGGAGACAACGACACGACCGAUACCGAGCGGAUACCUCCUGACGCUCUCUAUAGAGAGCAGGGCUCACGCGGAAAGAGUCGCCAGAGUCGACCGCGUGUAAGAUCUCAUCAUUUCACGAUGCCCCAUACUCAAUUGUGA